AUGGCUGUGAAGCAACUUUCAUUCGCAUCCCACCAAGGGCUGGAUUUGGGAGAAGAGAGAGAGAGAGAGGUGGGUUUUUGUCACAUCCCGGAUCGGCUCCGCCGUAGCACGAUAUUGUCAACUUUGGGCCCCUGCCCUCAUGGUUUUGUUUCUGAGAACUCACAAGAAACUUCCCAGAGGGUCACCCAUCAUGAGAUUGCUCUAGCUCAAAGUCGCUUAACUUCGGAGUUCCCAUGGAAUCUGAAACCAGUGAGCUCCCAACAGGCCUCGUACUAA